AUGAGGAUGCUGAAAUCGAAUUUCGGGCGCACGGAAUGGGUCGUGGCCAAUCGAUUGGAAGCACUGAGGAACCUCGAAGUCGUAAGAGAAGGCAACAUCGAGUCGUUUAGGACUUUCUACAAUGCUGUAGUCGGUACUAUGGUCGCAAUGCAGAACGCAAAGGCAGAUAAUUAUCUUCUCAAUCCCGAACUCAUAUCACACCUGGCUGAAAAGUUGCCUGGAUUCAGCAAACAGAUGUGGGUUCGACACAAGGCAGCAUUGAUGAAGCAAGACAUCGUAGUGGACUUCAACACUUUUGCUCGUUGGUUGGAGGAUGAGAUGGACAACCAGUUGGCAAGCCUCAAUCCUGCGUUCGGCAUCAAGAAACCGAGUUUCUCCACAAAGCCAAAGCCGGUUGUAUUCAACGUCAACAGUCGUGAUGAUGCAGCAGCAGCAGCAAAGCAGUGUCCACUAUGCCUGGAGAGUUCGCAUUUUAGUCUGGACAAGUGCGAGAAGUUCCAUGCACUGUCUAUAGCUCAGCGUCGGACCGCCGCAAAAUCGUGUAAGGUGUGUUAUAUCUGCUUGAAUUCUGACCACGCCAGGAAGAGCUGUAAAUCCAAGAAAACGUGUUCCAUCUGCGGUAAAAAUCAUCACGACCUGGUUCAUACCGAUGCUGUGCCACGAAACAUCACGCCUGGCACUCCGAACGUGUGCAAUGUGAAUGGUAGGAACGUGAACACGCUGCUACGUGUAGGAAAAGUGAAGAUCAUGGGUCCGAAUGGCGUCGAGGAAGUGUUUGCUUUGUUUGAUGAAGGCUCUUCAUUGUCGAUGGUUGAUGCCAACGUUGCUGCGCGGAUUGGUCUGCAGGGACCGACAUCUCCUGUGACUUACCGAUGGACGAACAAUGCUGGUUUGAUUGUACCACUAAAAACAGUGCAAUACUCGCUGUACGGUCUGCAGUUGACUCGUUGCCAUCUAGGUUGGACCGUUCACGGUUCGAUUGAACCGAGCGAUGCAGCACCGGACUACUGUCAUGCGUUACUGUGUUCUGAGGAUGACGACGUUGAGCUGACGGAUCUGGUGAAGCAGGUCUAUAAGGUGGAAGAUUUUGGGAUAACCGGACAGUCUCCAAAGAUGUCCGACGAGGACCAACGUGCAAUCGAUAUCAUGAACCGUACCAUCACACGGCGUGGAGAACGCUUCGAAGUCGGCCAACUCUACAAGUAUAACAAUUUCUCGUUUCCGGAUAGCAAACCCCAUGCGUUGCGGCGGCUGCAGAUUAUCGAGAGGAAGAUGGACUCCAAUCCCGAAUUCGCAGAGAAGUAUUGCAGCAAGAUCGAAGAUUACGUGAACAAGGGGUAUGCUCGGCUGCUGGAACCUGGAGAGCUGGAUGAAACGCCAAAUACGUGGUACUUGCCACACUUCAGCGUCGAGUCUGGCGAAAAAUUCCGCCUGGUUAUGGACGCCAAGGCUAAAUCGCACGGUUUCUCCCUCAAUGACUUGCUACUGAAAGGCCCUGACUUCGUUCCUGCUUUAAUUGCCAUACUGAUGCGUGCGAGGAAGAAGAAAAUUGCUUUCGUGGCGGACAUAAAGGAGAUGUUCCACCAAGUUCUCAUCCGUAGAGUGGACCAGGACUCGCAGCGCUUCCUUUUUCGUGGGAUGGAUCGCUCGUCACCCCCUAACGUGUACAUCAUGAUGGUCAUGAUAUUCGGAGCAGUGUCUUCUCCCUCCGUGGCUCAAUUCAUCAAGAAUUUCAAUGCGAAGGAGUUGGAAGAGGAGUAUCCAGGUGUGGAGCGAGCCGUAGUAGAUCAGCACUAUGUUGAUGAUUAUUUUGAUUGUGCUGACACCGAGGAAGAGGCGAUCCAACUGGUACGACGUGUGGUCAAGAGUCACGAACAUGGUGGUUUCCGGUUGGUCAAAUUUGCAUCGAACAGUGAAGCCCUGUUGGACUCCCUGGACCCCACCUUGAUUGCCGAUCGAACGGAAAACGAAACACGUGUGCUUGGUAUUAGAUGGGAUCUCCGCUCCGACGAACUUGUAUUUUCUCUGGAUUUUCCGAAGCUGGUUGAGGAGUUUCGAACCGGCGAAAGUGUACCUACAAAACGACAGUUUUUGAAGUUCAUGAUGGGCAUUUUUGAUCCGUUGGGCUUGCUUAGUCCCAUCACCAUCCAGCUGAAAAUUAUUUUUCAAGAACUGUGGCGGUUGCAGUCCGGCUGGGAUGACGAGAUUCCAGAUGGUUUGGUUCCAAGAUGGAGGGAAUGGUUGGAGCAAACUGCGAAGCUUAACGAGGUUCGACUGCCAAGGUACUAUUUCCCAGAGAUUCCGUCGUUCUCUAAUGCUGAGCUGCAUGCCUUUUGUGACGCUAGUGAUAAGGCCUUCGCUUGCGUCGUUUAUAUGGUUCAUCGUCAUGAAGACAGGUCGUAUGUCGCCUUAGUCUACGCCAAGGCUAGGGUAGCUCCUCUGAAGAAUUCGACAGUGCCACGUUUGGAGCUCCAGGGCUGCGUUCUUGCGAGUCAAAUGAUGAAAACGCUCCAAGAAGAAAUGAAGAUAGAGGUCACUAAGGUGUACUUCUGGACCGACUCCAAGAUUUGCCUAAGUUGGUUGAAGACGAGUCAGAAGCUGACUGCAUACAUCGGGUCUCGUAUUAUGAAGAUCAAGGAGAACGGUCACAGCGUUGAUUUGUGGCAUUGGGUACCAUCGCAGUUGAACAUUGCUGAUCUGGCAACAAAGUCAAGCAAAUUCGGCAGUAUGCAAGAAUGGCUCAAGGGUCCGGAUUUCCAUGCCACAUCCUGCCCGAUCGACGCGCCGGUAGAACUGUCGCCUGCUGAGUUUGUGAAUUUCCACGCCGAGCUGAUCGUCGAUACUUCCGUUGAUUCGUUGUGCUGCACUGAAUCUGAAGAUUGCUUAAUGGACCUUCCCGAGAUCGAGCGAUUCUCCGACUUCAACCGCCUAAUCAGGACGACAGCAUAUUACCUGAAGAUGAGAAAAAUAUUAGUAUUGCCGAAAAAUGAAAAACCAAAACGUUUGAAUAUCACUGUUCAUGACAUGAACGAAGCAAGGAAUGCAUGGUACAGGAAGAUACAAUCGGAUGUUUUUGGCGAAGAGUUGCGGAGUCUGAAGCAGACCGGUUUUGUGAAGAGCAGCAGUCGCUUGAAAAGUUAUUCGCCAUUCAUCCAUAAUGGAAUCGUCCGCAUGCGCGGACGUGUGCAAGACUGCAGCAAACCAUUUGAUGUUAACAACCCGAUAAUUCUCCCCGAUAAUCAUCCCUUCUCGAACCUACUGAUUCGUAUGUACCACGUCGCCAACGCUCAUCAGGGUUUGGAAACGGUGAUAAACAAUAUCAAAGAACGUCAUCGUAUUCUGAAGAUCCGCUCACAGGUGAAGAAAUUAACGAUGUCCUGCAUCAAGUGUCGAGAGCUUCGGGCCAAACCAACCGUCCCACAAAUGGGAAAUCUUCCCCCGGAGCGAACAACCCCGUUUGUGUUUCCAUUUUCAAACACCGGAAUAGACUAUUUCGGCCCGAUGUCUGUUAAGGUGGGUCGUCGUGUCGAGAAAAGGUGGGUGGUUCUAUUCACCUGCAUGACUUCAAGGGCUGUCCAUCUCGAGGUGGUACCAUCGUUGGACACGAACAGUUGCAUAAUGGCAAUCCGCUGCUUUAUGUCCAUCCGUGGGUUACCACAAUGCAUAAUGACAGAUAAUGGGACAAAUUUCACCGGUGCAGAUCAAGAGCUCAAGAAACUGGUCAGAACACUGGAUUCCCCACAGAUCGAGGACACGUUGAGCGUGAGAGGUGUACAAUGGAAGUUCAUCCCGCCUGGCGCUCCGCAUUUUGGAGGAUGCUGGGAGCGAUUAGUGCGCUCUGUAAAGAAUGCUCUACGUGUGAUGCUCCGAGAAAGACAUCCGACGGACUUGGUGUUGCGAACUGCUCUUUGCGAAGUGAUGAACACUGUCAACAACAGACCGUUGACGCACGUUUCGACGAUCCUCUUGAUGCAGAACCAUUAA